AGUGACUAUAAUGAGCGCCAGAAUGCUUUCCGACGCAGCGACGGGCAGGGAGCGGUAACCGUUGGGAGGGGAGGAUAUUAUUAGUCGCAGAUUCUCCGAUUUAGUGAUCGUUAACGGAUACCGUCCGGGUUUAGUAGACGUGGUGCGGAAUUAGGAGGCGUGAUUGGACUCAACUAGGACGCUUAAUAUAAACAGGGAAAAGUGGUCCGUUGGAGGUUCGGAGUAGAUUUGCCGGAGAACUACAGUGGCCUCUUCCCCUCCAGCGAUCCGUCCUUCUUCUCACCUCUUCCCUCGCCCUUCAGACAGAGAGGGACAGAGGCACAGGCAGUCCUCGGCUCCAUCUGCUCUCCUUCUCCUGGAAUAUCUGUCACCAGGAAGAUACAGAGACUGAUUCCUGCUCUGGGUUGCUCUUGAGCUGUUGUCAUCGAUCGAUCCGAAGAGCUUCUGCUCCUCUUGGGAUUCUUGUUGUCAGAUCUGUAAAUUCCGAAAAAAAAAGUUUCAGGAGUUUGUGUGGUGUGGGUUGUGUUUUGUCGGUUGUUUGUUUGUUAGCUUCGACAGGGAGCGGUGUAGUUAUCAAAUUGGUGACAUUCUGUUGGAAAGAAAGCACCAGGGACACCAUUGAAGGUCGUCAAGAGGUCGUAAAACCGAAGAAAAGAGAAAGGAAGGAGGAGGAAGUUUUAGUUGUCAGUUUAUUGAGACUUCGUUGUCGUCGGAUUAGUGCUCAGUCGAGGAUAGUCGGAAGUCUGUAACCAUGAAGAGAUCAUUCAAGGGAUGUUUGGCCAGCGCGUCGACCGGGCUUCUCACCAUUUUGAACAUCGGAAUUGUUCUUGCGGCCAUUGCCACGAUUGUCAUCGAAGUGUUCCUGGAACGUCCUCCCAGUAGGAUCGGAUGGCUGUUCCUCGCAGUGUCGAUUGUCUCUGUUCUUGCGGGGCUGUUCGGCAUACGCGCUGCCAAGUCGGUCGGGUGUUUCUCAUGGCAUCUCAUCGCUCUCCUGUUCUCCCUGGGAGGUCUCAUCUCUGCCGGACUCGUUAUCUUCAUCAAGGUGGACCAGGUGCUCAGGAACAUGGACUCAAAGCGCAACCAGUCGGAUUCCAAGAAACUGCUGAAGCUCAUGGGAGCUAUCUUUUUUAUCGCAGGAUGUGUGCAAGGGGUUAUUUUGAUUCUUGCGAUCAUCGCCAGCUGCUGUGAGUUCGUCGAUUACUACGAGGACCUGGAAAUGGCCAACAGAGGAGCCAAUCUUAACGGAAUGGCAGAGGAAUCGGCGAAGCGCGCAUCGAAAAAGAGCGACUCCAACGCUGCCAAGCUCGCUGAUAAAAUGAAGGAGAAGUACGGAAAGUUUAGCAGGGACGGCGAAUUCGCAUCGGCCAAGUAGAGCGGCGUCGUGUUUAUCCACGCCCUCGAUCAUGCAUGCAUUCGUUUAUGCUCAUGCCAGUCGUCCUGCAGGCCUUGAUUCUUGAAAGCCUUUACAUCGGUAGGAAAGGCCGAGACAAGACUUCGAUUCUGUUAGAUGACCCAAGUGCGCGAGGUCUUUAUGAAGCCAUUUUUAUCCAUUGAGCGCUCUUCUCCCCAAGCGCGUUUCUGAUUGCCGUACGAAGCUGCUCAAAAUUUCUUCUGGCAAAAAGAGGAGUCGUUGCGCGUGAUCGUGUCCGGAUUUUGAGGUGUCAGAUCUUCGCGAAGGCAAGUUGUUGUAAUACUAUCAGAGAGGACAAUAAGGGAUACAUUUAUUAGAUUGGGAGACUCACUUCCGCUAUAGAAAUUAGAUUAGAGUAGCAUUAGUCCUCUGCAUUCGUAGGCAAGAGUUGUGAAUAAUCUAUGACAACUCUUCACUUUCAAAGUUUUGUCAGCUUGAAAAACGUGCUGUACAGAGUGUGAAUCAAAUGAUCAGUAUUUUGGGAUCACACAACUCUCACCAUGCCAAUCCAGCUUUUGAAGGCACAUUUCUUGGACAAUAUUUUUUGGAUGCGUGAAGCCGAAUUGAUUCGUGCUUCCUCAUAUCUUGUGUUCUCUGUUGUAUAAUGGUAAAGCUGAUGGUCCAGCUUCAAC